UUGAAGAGCAUGCUGAGAGUUUGGAUGCUCAGUCUGAAUGUUGUGUAAUACUAUCACCACCACCUCUGGGAAUUGCUGUCUUGACUUCAUAUGUGUGAGUGUGUACUUCUCUUUUCCUUGGAGAAGUCACUGAAGAGCUCUUGCUAAAAGAAGAACUUGCUGAGGGUGUUUUCAGCAUUUCUUUCACCUUUGUCCUUAUCUGCUGGCUGGGAUGAGGGGGCUCAAGAGUCUUAUUGUUGGGCUCUUGUCUGCCUUCUUCUCCACUGCCUUUGGUCUUUACUUCCCUCCUGACGUGGAGCAGCUGCCGACCAUCACCGCUCAGACCUCAGGCUCUUUCAUUGCCUUGCCAUUUGAUGAGAACUUCCUGUUCAAGUGUGAAGCCAAAGGCAACCCAAGACCUACGUACCGCUGGACGAAAGAUGGGAUGGAUUUUGACCUGCAUAAAGACUCUCAGCUCAUUAAAGAAGAGAGUAGCGGGUCCUUUUUGAUACCCAAAGAUAUGGCGAAAUACGAGGGAAAGUACAGAUGUUAUGCCUCAAACAAGCUUGGAACAGCAAUAUCAGAGGAAUCAGAAUUGGUUGUGCCUAUGACUCCCAAGUUUCCCAAGAAGAAGAUAGAGCCAGCGGUGGUCACAGAAGGCGAUUCAGUGGUCUUGGAGUGUAACCCACCACAAGGCAUUCCACCUUCGCAACUGUACUGGAUGACCAAUGAUCUUCAACACAUCGAGCAGAAUGAGAGGGUGACCAUGGGCCUCAAUGGGAAUCUGUACUUCUCUAAUACACUGAUGUCAGACAGCCACGAUGAAUACUCCUGUUUUGCCUCCUUUUCCAAGAUACGCACAAUCGUUCAGAAACCACCCAUGGUCCUGAGGGUCAAGCCAAGCCAGGGGGAUGAUGGCAUCAAGAGUGUUCAGAAGAGGAAGCCGAGCAUUUUGGUGCCCUCCAGUCAUUCAACGACAUACCUAAAAAAAGGAGAAGCGCUGGAGCUGGAGUGUAUCGCAGAAGGACUGCCUACUCCGGUGGUAGAAUUUAUCAAGAUGUGGGAAAAUUUACCAAACCGUACACAAAUCAAGAACUAUGGAAAGGUCCUUACAAUACCAAAUGUCACAGAGCAGGAUGAAUGGAAAUACAUGUGCAAAGCCAAGAAUGAUCUUGGGGAAGAUGAGCAUUAUUUCCAAGUUGUCGUGGAGGAGCCUCCUAGCUGGCAGGAGGAGCCAGUGAAGAGUCAGUUAGUAGAGAUUGGAUCUGACAUCCACAUCAAGUGUUCUGCUAGAGGAAAACCACAACCCACAAUCACCUGGAAGAGAAACGGCCAGCCUCUUGAUGAUUUUCCUUCUACCAAUUACAAAGUGCUUGAUGACAGAAUAAUCAUCCUCAGAGCGCAGCAGAGAGACACUGCAGUGUACCAGUGUGAGGCCUCCAACAGACACGGGACCCUACUCUUCAAUGCUAAUGUGCUUGUCAUGAAUCAUCCCCCUUUGAUUCUGACCCGAGAUUAUCUGGAGUACUCAACCAUGUUAGGAAAGAGUGUGAUUAUGGACUGCGAAGUCUUUAGCUCUCCACCUCCCACCAUUAACUGGAGAAGAGAAGACCCAGAGGGCUCUCUAGAUGGAGAGAGAUAUUCUCUCCUGAAGAAUGGCUCCCUGCAGAUUCACAAAGUUGAGAUGGAAGAUAUGGGCCAGUACAAAUGUUUGGCAAAGAACUCAGAAGGCACCAUGAGCCUCACCAUUGAACUUUUCAUCAAGGAUUCAACGAGGAUUGUAGAACCUCCUCAAGACACAAAGGUCAAACGAGGAUCUAUGGCGAAGCUAGAGUGCCAGGCGGAGUGUGAUCCCACCCUCAGAAGAGAGCUGGAGAUCUUGUGGAUGAAAGAUGGGAUGAAUAUCCUCUCAAACUUCUCUGAAAGAUAUUUCACAAAUGAUGGAACUCUUCAGAUUGUCAGUGUGAGCCACAGUGAUCAGGGGAAAUACACCUGUGUUGUUCGAACAUCACUGGACCAAGAUACAGCUUCUGCUUACAUAACUGUGUUAGAUAUUCCAGAUCCACCGGUUCAGCUGACACUUUCUGAGCGGAAAGACCGCAGUGUCAGGCUCCACUGGGCAGCUGCCAGCGAUCAUAACAGUCCCAUAACAGAGUUUAUCAUCCAGUAUGAAGAGAACAACUGGGACCCAGAGAAUUGGAAGGAGCUUCUACGAGUUGCAGGCAGCCAGAUCUCAGCCCCCUUGACGCUCUACGGCCACAUUAACUACCAGUUCAGAGUCAUCGCUGUCAAUGCUAUUGGGAGAAGCCUUCCCAGCAUGCCCUCCGAAAGAUAUAAGACACCUCCUUGCGCCCCCGACAGGAACCCAGAAAACAUUAAGAUUGAGGGUCGCCUGCCACAUCAGAUGGACAUCAGCUGGGAGCCGCUAUUGCCUGUGGAGCACAAUGGUCCCGGUCUGGAAUACAAACUGAGUUACAGGCUAAUGGGUGUCGAGGACAGCUGGAAAGAAGAGAUGAUCAAGAGAGACUCAUUUGUGGUGCGAGACACCCAAACAUUCGUCCCCUACGAGGUCAAGAUCCAGGCCUUCAACAACCAUGGUUGGGCACCAGAACCCAGGGUAGUGACUGGUUAUUCCGGGGAAGACUCGCCCUUGGCGGCUCCUGCAAACAUAUCUGUGGAGGUGUUGAACUCUACGCUGCUGAGGGUCAGCUGGUCACCAGUGCCCCAAACCGCCCUGAGGGGCCACCUUGGAGGAUACACUGUUCACUGGUGGCAAACACAAAGUCUGUUGACCUCUAAGAGAAUUCCCUUAGAGAGAAAGUCUCUCACCAUCCCUGGAAACAGGAGUCACACCAUGGUGCCGGGACUGAAGCCAUUCUUUGAAUAUAGCCUGACUGUCAACAUCUUUAACCGGAGAGGGAAUGGGCCCAGCAGCAGUCCCAUCUCUUUCACAACUCCACAGGGAGUUCCUGAGCAACCUCCCAUCCUGAGAGCCACAAACUUUCAGAAAGACUCCAUCACACUGGUGUGGGCGCCUCCGCAUGAAACCAAUGGCUUUCUCACGGGAUACUUGCUGCAAUAUCAGACAGUUAAUGAGACUCUGGGUGAGCUGAAAUCUGUGAACAUCAGUGCUCCAGAUACAACACAGUGGGUCUUGCGUGAUCUGCAGGAUGACAACUGGUAUAAGUUUUACCUGAGCGCAUGCACGCAGGUGGGCUGCGGGUCAGCCAUCAGUGAGGAAGGAGGUACCGUCUUUGAAGUGUUGUCUAGUAAACAAGCCGUGGCAUCCCAGGAGUGGUUUGUGGCGAUCAUGUGUGGAGUGGCUUUACUAACUCUGCUUGUCCUCAUCGGCUGUUUUGUAAUAAAGAACAAAAGCGGGAAGUACGCAGUUAAGGAAAAGGAGGAAACUCCUGCUGAUCCUGAAGCUCAAGCCAUGGGCGAAGAAUCCCCCUGCGACAGUGACAAUGAUAAGAAGCCGCUGAAGAGCAGCCAGCCAUUGUUCACAGACAUCAAAGAGGAUGAUAGCAGCGAGGACGACAGCAUUGAGUUCGACGAAGAUGGGUCGUUCAUCGGGGAGUACACGGGGAACAAGCGUAGGGGGUCCACAGAGGUGAACGGACACGCCCCCGUGACCUCAUAAUGCUGGUUCAAUCUUAGGAACUUUUAAACAAUUUUACAGGGAGAACGAAAAGAUUGUUUGUAAGAUGUGCCAUGAAUUUGUCUGCGUUUUUUUAAGAGUUUGCUUUUGCGUGAAUGGCCACUUCUUUACAGUAUUAAUAUGAAGAGUGAUGACAGGUUAUAGUUCUGGCCAACAUGAAAAUUAUGCCAUCAUUUAUUCAUCACUAUGCGGUUUCAAACCGUUAUGACUGACUUUUUUAGAGACGUUUAGCAGAAUGUUCAAGCUGCUCUUUCCUUACAAUAAAAAUAAAUGGUGACCAAGAACUGCAAAGCUUAAAAAAAAGACAAAAAUAUAUCUAUACCCUUGUGAAAAAGAAGUAAAUUUUAGCAUGCUUAAAAAAAUCGUACUUAUGGAAAUAAUAUACUUUAAAAGAAUAUACGUUAAGUGCAACUGACUGUGAUGUUUUGUAGUGUACAUUAUUUGAAUGUUAUUUGCAAUUACCUUGGUAAUUAAAUUUAUAUUAAAUCCAUUUAAAUUUAAGAGUAUUUCUUGACCAACUUAAGUACUUCUUUAUAUGUUGAUAUUUAUAUAUUAAGUACAUCUGUAUUUGUAAUUUCAUAAUUAAAUUUUCUUUGAAAUAAGGUUAAAUUCUACUGAUGAAUAUAAUUACGGGCAUUUAUUGUAAA